AUAGAAUAUGCAUGAUCCCGAGUCCCCGCUCACCUGGGAGCAAGGAGGCGUCGGAGCAGAGCGAGGAGCCCGUGCCCAGACGCACUGGGGCGCGGGCUGCGAGGGAGCCCACGCGGGCCGGCGUGUAAGCCAGCGCCCCUCCUCUCUCCUCUGACCCAUCAGGUUAGGGGAGACGCUCCUCCGACCCCCUAAGCCAACUCCCACCCGAGCCCCCGUCUCCUUCAGCGGAGCGGGACCCGCUGGAGAAGGGCACGCCAGACUGCCAAGAAGCAGGCCGGCCUAGCAAGCGGCCAGAGGGGCCCAGCGGGGAGCCUUUGGUGCGAGCUGUGGCCCUCGGCGCCGCGCUUAGCCGCUCCGAGGGCAGGACCCCGUUCUCGGUUGCUCACCGCCACCACCACCCCCUCGAGCUACCCGUGGGGCGGUGCUGAGCCAGGCGCCGGCUGAGCCCCAGUGCCACUGAGCCGCCUCCGGCAGAGCCCCGCGCCGUCUCCCCGGCAGCUCCCUAGGACGACCCGCCUCUAAGAAGCGGUUCCCCGGGCUCAGCCAGCCUCCGGGCACCGCGGGCCGGCAGGGCUCGGCGGGCAGGGCAGCAGGGAGGAGCCCGCGGGGACCGGGACAGCGCUCUGAGCGCCGGGCAGCGGAGAGGCCGUCGCGGGAGCGCACGCCUCGCUCGGGGGCUCGCCGGCUCCGGUGCGUGUUUCCCCGCGCCUGGCGGGAGUGCCAGCCGGCAGGCAUGGGGUGCCUGGGCAACAGCAGCAAGACGGCGGAGGACCAGGGCGUGGACGAGAAGGAGCGCCGCGAGGCCAACAAGAAGAUCGAGAAGCAGCUGCAGAAGGAGCGCCUGGCUUACAAGGCGACCCACCGCCUGCUGCUCCUGGGGGCCGGCGAGUCCGGGAAGAGCACCAUCGUCAAACAGAUGAGGAUCCUGCAUGUCAACGGCUUCAAUCCCGAGGAGAAGAAGCAGAAAAUUCUGGACAUCAGGAAAAAUGUCAAAGAUGCUAUCGUGACGAUCGUUUCGGCAAUGAGUACUAUAAUACCUCCAGUCCCACUGGCCAACCCUGAAAACCAGUUUCGGUCAGAUUAUAUCAAGAGCAUAGCCCCUAUCACCGACUUCGAAUACUCCCAGGAGUUCUUUGAUCAUGUGAAGAAGCUGUGGGAUGAUGAGGGGGUGAAGGCCUGCUUUGAGAGAUCCAACGAGUACCAGCUGAUCGACUGUGCACAAUACUUCCUGGAAAGGAUUGACAGUGUCAGUCUGGUUGACUACACUCCCACAGAUCAGGACCUCCUCAGAUGCAGAGUGCUGACAUCAGGAAUUUUUGAGACGAGAUUCCAAGUGGACAAAGUGAACUUUCACAUGUUUGAUGUCGGUGGCCAGAGGGAUGAGAGAAGAAAAUGGAUCCAGUGCUUUAAUGAUGUGACUGCCAUCAUUUAUGUGGCAGCCUGCAGCAGCUACAACAUGGUGAUCCGGGAAGACAACAACACCAACAGACUGAGGGAAUCACUGGACUUGUUUGAAAGCAUCUGGAACAACAGGUGGUUACGGACCAUCUCCAUCAUCUUGUUCUUGAACAAACAAGAUAUGCUGGCAGAGAAAGUCUUGGCGGGGAAGUCAAAAAUUGAAGACUAUUUCCCAGAGUAUGCCAACUACACCGUCCCGGAAGAUGCAACACCAGAUGCAGGAGAAGACCCCAAAGUUACGAGAGCGAAGUUCUUUAUCCGGGAUCUGUUUUUGAGGAUCAGCACGGCCACGGGCGAUGGCAAACAUUACUGCUACCCUCACUUCACCUGCGCCGUGGACACAGAGAACAUCCGCAGAGUGUUCAACGACUGCCGUGACAUCAUCCAGAGGAUGCACCUCAAGCAGUACGAACUCUUGUGAGGGCCGCCUGCCCCUCCCCCUCCUCCUCACCGCCGCCUCUCCUCCCUCUCGGCCACCCCACGAGGCAGUGUAUCUCCCUAGCCUGCGUGUCUGUCCACCCCGAGCCAUGGUAGGACGUAGUGAGUGUCUAGUGUUGCUGGGCUGCCAUCUGUCCUGUCCUAGGUAUGCCCACACGUGACCACCAAGCCUCUGGCUACCUCUGUCCCCCACCCAGGUUUGGUUCCGUAGCUUUUGUUUUCACUGGACUAAAAAGCCUCCCACCACCAAUUAGAAUCACUGCGAAGCCAUCAACUCUCACGUGGGUUCUACUGCAGUGAAGUUUCUCAGGGUGGGAAUCUAUCUAUUCAUUAGAUUGAUUGGUUGAUGGACUGAACCAUCAGAGCCGGCUUGGUAAAUAGGGGAAAUACGUUAUUUUCAAGAUAACAAGCAUGAUCACAAAACUGUCCGAACAGGGCCACGCCCUGUGGCUCUUUCUGGUUUUCCAUUUAUAAAACAUCAGCCUAGCAGGUGUCUGCCCUUUCUGAUCUGCAUUAGCCCAAGGCUUAGAGUAGACCCACGCCAGCAAAAGAGCAAGAGGAACUUUUUUCAGCCACAGUUUUAAUGGCUAUAAGCCUCCAGCAUUCGGGUUAAAGCGCUUCUUGGAGCCUUUUACAUUUAGGAAGAAAACCUGCCACGUUCACUACAGCAAAUCCUGUCCUGUCUACAAACAAGGUGUCCUCUACACCUUCAUGAUAGCUGGGCAUGGUCUUUCCCAUCUUUCUGUUGUUGCUUUACUAGACUGUGCAGACCACAAGAUGUACUACUCUUUUGUAUGACUACUAAAGAAACCUCCUUGGAGAGCUCCGUGCCUUGGUGGCGGCCACACCUGUAAGGGGUUACGUAAGUCCCAGCUGUGCCAAGCUGCUAGCAGACCACACGGCCCGCUGCUUCACAGUAGGGAAUCAGGAGUAUCUGUUCAUCUUAGGAUGUUCUUAGCAGGUCGGUACUUUUGGAAGACUCAUUGAUCUUAGAAUCACCCACAUUACCAGCAGCAGCAUCCCGACUCUGAAACUGUUGCAACUCCCUGCUUCUACUGCUCUGAACCUCAGCUGCUGCAAACACUGGGAUAACCCAAUUCUGAGACAUAAAUGAUAACCUAUUCUUUUUCAGGGUACCAAGGUUUUUUUCCCCCUCCCAAGAUAAAAUGUUUCUGAUGACUUUUUCAGGUUCCUUGGGCAAGAGCAGGCUAACCGUCCCUUAGUUAAGUUCUGCACACAGGGGCUGGAGAGAUGGCUCAGAGGUUAGGGCACUGGCUUCCAGAGGUCAUGAGUUCAAUGGCCAGUGACCACAUGGUGGCUCACAACCAUCUAAAAUGAAAUCUAGUGCCCUUUCUGGCGCUCAGGUGUACAUGCAAACACACAUCGUAUACAUAAUAAAUAAAUAAAUAAAUCUUUUAAAAAAACUUCUGCACACAGUCCCAUGAAACAAGAAACCACUGGUCAGAGAAAAAGCCUAGGAGUGCCGAUGCAGUACAUGACUGAGAACAAUAAGGGCGGCAUCUUCUGAGAUACCACAAAGCUACCUACUUAUUAUCUAUCUCUCUAUCUGCACUGCUAGGGAUGAGCUUAGCACCUGGUGCAUGCUAGGCAAGCACCCUACUGCUAAUAAGUGUCCCCAGCCCUAACUCCAGCCCCACAAAAACCUUUUAUUUAAAAUAUAAAGAUAAAAGAAAUGGCUGUUGCUCAUAUGUGCAAGACCUGCAAAUGCAAGGGUUAAAGUAGGACACCUAGAAAGUAACAGUUGCUGCAGCCAUGCACUGCUUACCCUGUGUAUGGCUGAGGCUUCGGGGAUGGUUCUCUUAGGCUGAAAGUUAUCUGUAAAAAAGCCCAAACUUAAGUUUUCAAUGAUAUGGAUACAAAGGUGCGACAGCCUGCAUUACUUAUUCAUCUCCUUACUGUUGUUUAAAGUCGGCACUGUAUGAAGCUUUACAAACCUAUCCUGUUUGAGACGCUCUUCCAUGAAAGGUACAGUGCAUUCCUUGGGCCAUCCUCACUGCCAUCUUGUGCUGUUUUCCACCACUGCACAAAACUUCCAUCUGAAGCUGGGCGAUGGUGGCGCACACCUUUAAUCCUAGCACUCGAGAGGCAGAGGCAGGCAGAUCUCUGAGGUUGAGGCCAACCUGGACCACAUAGUGAGUUCUAGGACAGCUAGGGCUACACAGAGAAACCCUGCCUCAAAAAACAAACAAAACUUCCAUAUGAAUCCACACAUGAAACGAAAGUGAUUUUCAGUUCCACCCCAAAGCAAAGCAAGAAGAAAAAUUUGCACACACACAAAAAGUGAAGUUUUAUACUACUGUGUGUAUUAUUACAUAAGAGUUCCCUGCUAACUAAAGGUUUAUUGUAAAGUUGUGUUGGGGCUGAAUGCAUAACUCUGAUAGAUUACAUGCUUAGCAUGCAUAAGACCUGAACUCAAUCAAAAUAAAAGAAAUAUAAAUAAAAUUGGAUCAUUAAGAAAGAUCUGACAGCUGGGCGCAGUGGUGCUCACUUGUAAUUCCAGUAAUCUGAGAGGUAAAAGCAGGCAGAUCUGACUGCGAGUUCAAGGCCAGCCCUGUCUACAAAGUGAGUUGAGGACAACCAAGGCUACACAGGGAAACCAUGUCUCCAAAACACCAAAAAGUGGGAGCUGGAGAGAUGGCUCAGAGGUUAAGAGCACUGGCUGUUCUUCCAGAGGUCAUGAGUUUAGUUCCCAGCAACCACAUAGUGGCUCACAACCAUCUAGAAUGAGAUCUGUAUACAUAGUAAAUACGUAAAUAUUAAAAAAAAAGAAAAAGAAAAAAAAGAAAGAAAGAAAAGGAGAGAGAAAGGAAGAAAGGAAAAAAAAAAAGAAAAAAGAAA